CUCAGAUGACAUUCACUUAAAGGUUUAAUAAUUAUUGAUAAAUAUAAUAGUUUCAUCACUUAUCAAAAAUAAUUAUACAAAAUGAACAAGGUGAGACAGAUAUUUUUUCCAAUACUUGAGAAAGUUUUUUCACUAGAACCUCGAAUUUGUCAUAUUCAACCACGAUUUGAGCAAGCUGCCACCAUGAAAUUUAGAGAUGAAAACAAGUGUCUAGAAGGUCCGCCAUCAACAUUAAAAAAAAUAGCAUAUAAUAUAUCGGGAUUUAGGGAAUAUGGAUUAAUGAGAGAUGAUCUACUGCCUGAUGAUAUAUCAUAUGAUGUCGCUGAAGCUUUGAAACGUUUACCAGCUGAUUUGUACGAUGAACGUAGCUUUCGAAUUGUGAGAGCUGCACAGUUGAGUAUGAAUAAUGAAGUUUUACCAAAGUACUUGUGGACUCAACUCGAAGAUGAUGUUCUAUAUUUGAAACCAUUGGUGGAAGAGGUUCGACGUGAACGUGAAGAACAUGAACAUUGGGAUAAUUUCUGUUGAUAUGCUGGCAAUGUA